UUAGAUGUUAAAAGAUUUAUUGUUAGUGCUAUCGCACGUACCAAUGGUAUGUCAUUAGAUGAAAAUAUGCCUUGCAAAUGCGCUUUGAACGAUAAAAUCUGCGAAAUCCGAUGGAAUGUGAGCAGCUAAUGGCAGUUAUCAAUCAGCCACGUAGUUGCAUGGAUACAGAAAAAGCUCGGUAAUAAAGUCGACCAAGUAUAAAAACAUUUUAACUGCAUCAAAAUUGCGAUAGUUUUGCUGCUUUCGCCUCUAACUGUAUUUUAUAACAGUGUAACAAGCGAUGUAUCGUUUUUCUAGAGUACGAAUACGUUUACUAAUUUUAAUCGUUAAUUGUAUACUCGGAAACAAGAAAGAUUUUCUGUCACUACCAUUGGCGAAUGCGUUGAAUGGUGUAAUUUGGGAUAAGAAUUCAAAUGAUUUUGUUAAGAUAUUUAGCAUUGAAUCAUACAAAAUAAUGCAAAUAGAACGUUUGCAAAUAAGCUGGGAAUUGGAGAAACAUAACUUUGGUGGCAAGAUAUUUAAGUUCUCUUCGUUUCCGAUUAGAAAUCUACUAAAUUUUGAAAAUAAUUUCACCGAGAUAAGCGGAGUCCACGGUGACAUGUGGAACAUUCUUGCAGGCAUGCUUAAUUUCAAGCUGAAGGUUGAAAAGAUACGUGAAGACGAAUAUGGUACUAGAUCCAAGAAUGGUUCAUGGAGUGGUCUGUUGGGAUACAUUUGGCGAAAUGAAACUGAUAUUAUUCCCCGAAGUGUGGCUUACCCGUCUCGAUUAACAGCGUUACAAUUUACGAUGGCCAUUUGGAGAACACAUUACAGAUUCUAUAUGAGAAAAAAAUUGCAAUUUCAUCGUGACUGGAUGGUAGGAUUAUUCAGUCGUGAAGUCUGGUUGUCAGUUUUUAUUUUUCUGUCUGCGAUAUCAUUACUUAGUUUCACUCAACACUUAUUGACUUGUAUCAAUAAUGAGAAAAAUGAGGACGUCGAUGACCCCAUAGUUCCUACUCUGAGGGAUCAUACGUUUUACAUCUUCUCAAUAUUCUGUGGGCAGGGCUGGGUACCAUCACUGUUGAUAAAGCAUUCGAAAAUCCUCCUAAUUACUACUCGCCUGCUUUCCUGGCUAUUGUUAAUCGCUUUCAGUUCCAAACUGAUAGCUCAUGUAACGCAACGACAAUAUCACAAGCCAUUUACUGACCUCGAAUCUUUAUAUAAAGAUACGGACUACAAGAUCGUUGUGAAACGGAACUCCUUUGUGUACUCAGUCUUUGUAUUGGCACCGAGACCAAUUUACAAAAUGUUCGUGGACAGCGGUAGAUUGGUGCAAGCAUCAACGAAUGAAGCUUAUGAUAAACUUUGUGGCGGUAGGUACGUCUAUUUCGAAGCUCAGGAUGUGGUAGAAGCUGACAAUAUCCGUACAAAACAAUGUGAUAUAAAUUCUAUCGGGUCUCCUUAUUACAAGACUUGGAUAUCGAGUGGAGUCGUACGUGGAUUUGAUUACGUGAAAACAAUAAACCGGGCGAUACUGAAGUUGAACGAAUGUGGACUAAUAGAUCAUUUGAAAUCAACGUGGCUGGAGAAAGCCGUUGAAGUAACCAACACGGGUGAUUUUGAAUCGAUAAAACUUGGGCAGCUUUCCUUGAUAUUUGGAAUGCUCUGUGUCAGCAUUAUUUUAUCACUCAUCAUACUAAUAAUGGAAAACAUUGUGCAUAAUGAAACUCGUUGUAAACCUAAUUGUUAUUAAAGCCAACGCUUAUUAGUGUGGCUAUCAUUCAUUACCAAUGUUCAUUAUCGCCAAUGUAAUGCACUCAUCCCUUAUCUGAAGAAAUAAUUCAUCGGAAAAUACAAUUCCAAUUUGAUAAGAACCAGUUAACGGGGAAAUCACUGGACAUAACAUAAAGUAAUAUACAACCGAAAUUAAACGACAAAUAUUCACUCA